AUGGGUGUCCGUGCCCAGAGUCAACAUGUUUUGAACCUGUACCGUUGUCGAUUGUUCUCAACUCCUGUCUUUGUUUGUCGAGGUGCUCUUCGGACGAGUGAUCGGAUUGUUGAAGAGGGCGUCUGCUCUGCCUUACAGUUUAGAAGCCCAUGGACAGCAACACCCGAUUGGUAUGAAAACAAACCACUCCGAACGGGACAAGAACAGACUGGUAUGAACAACAACUCCAACGGGGACAAGAAACACCCAAACUGGUAUGAAACAACCACUCCACAGGGGACAAUAACACCCGAUUGGUAUGAAACAACUCAACUGAACACCUGCAGCGUCAAUGCAGGUCGAGUGGUGGGGUCCACAGGUGCAAUAGGAGUAGGAUCCCCGUAUGCAUAUUACGGCAAUAAUGAAAACUGUGUGUGGGAGAUCCAGGUGCCCCAGGGGUCCUUCAUCCAAUUCACAUGGGACUACUUUAGCCUGGAGGGUUCCAGACCCUGGUGUGGAUACGACUACGUCGAUAUCUCGGACUAUGCAACUGGACAGAGCUUGACGGGAAGACUUUGUGGCAGCGUGAUUCCACCGUCUGUUACAACCAACAGUAACUUGGCUUUGGUGACUUUCAUCAGCGAUGGCUUUGUGACCAGGCCAGGAUUCAGGCUUCGAUUUGAGGCUGUGCCAGGGACAGCAACACCCGAUUGGUAUGAAACAACCACUCCACCAGGGACAAGAACACCCGAUUGGUAUGAAACAACCACUCCACCGGGGACAAGAACACCCGAUUGGUAUGAAACAACCACUCCACCGGGGACAAGAACACCCGAUUGGUAUGAAACAACCACUCCACCAGGGACAAGAACACCCGAUUGGUAUGAAACAACCCAACUGAACACCUGCAGCGUCAAUGCAGGUCGAGUGGUGGGGUCCACAGGUGCAAUAGGAGUAGGAUCCCCGUAUGCAUAUUACGGCAAUAAUGAAAACUGUGUGUGGGAGAUCCAGGUGCCCCAGGGGUCCUUCAUCCAAUUCACAUGGGACUACUUUAGCCUGGAGGGUUCCAGACCCUGGUGUGGAUACGACUACGUCGAUAUCUCGGACUAUGCAACUGGACAGAGCUUGACGGGAAGACUUUGUGGCAGCGUGAUUCCACCGUCUGUUACAACCAACAGUAACUUGGCUUUGGUGACUUUCAUCAGCGAUGGCUUUGUGACCAGGCCAGGAUUCAGGCUUCGAUUUGAGGCUGUGCCAGGUAAUGCCCAACAAUAAGGUGUCACUGAGCAGCUACUGACUGGAAAAUCACUCUGACGAAAACAACCAGCAAGAAAAAACUUGGAAAACGAACAAUUUUGUGAUAAAACAUCUAAAGGAGACCUUUCACUACUGCAAGAGAUAUCUAAAAUUACAUUAAUGUCAAUGGAUUCCCGAAAUAACUAAGGUAGAUGAGCAACUUUUUUUGUCAUGUCGACCUAUACUCUUCUAGAUGGUGGAUUGUCUACCACUGAGGUCUUUGGCAUCUGCAUUCGAAGAAUAUAUCAAGUCCCAAUUUCGUGACUGUCGGAAUGUAUCAUCUGACAGAACUUGCCACCGACGAGACUGAUCGAUUGAGACAACGUAACAGCAACAGAUCAUAACAGUUUUUCAAGAUAUAUCUUGUAUUAUCUGUAAUUUCAUCGGUUUUACUUCUAACACCAAAUGUGAAGUAAAAUAACCUUCAAAUAUAUUUCGGUUAUCCGUAUUGCAUUUUUCAUAUUAAAUGUUACUGAAGUUCAAAUCUGCACAUCUCUUUGGAAUGAUUCCUCCGGUUUUGACAUCUCGAAAGAGAGUGCAUUUGGAAGUUUAUCUGUUAAAUAUGCAGAUUUGACAUUAUUAAUUAGUACCUAUACCGAUAGCAACAUGUAUCUACCUAUAUAGCUAUCUAUGAGUAUAUUACAUGCAUAUA